AUGAAUUUGACUAAACUCGCGCUCAUACUGCCCUUGUUGUUUGUGACCGUCCGUGUCAUGGACUAUGCAAGACUGACAUUCUUGCCUGCCUUUUAUAUUUUCGACAAGGUCCGUCUGCAACAGAUCUGCCAGGAGGCCCUUGCAUCGCUGGACAUCGAUGCGCCAGCCCAGAAAAUCAUGGAAAAAACCCACACCUUGCUGAAAAAGGAGUACCCCGAGUUCAUUGUCGACGAGUUGAGACCUGAAGACUGGGUUUUCAACAACGCCGGUAACGCAAUGGGCUCAAUGAUCAUUCUGCACGCGUCUCUGACCGAGUACCUGAUUUUCUUCGGCUCUGCAAUUGGCACCGAGGGUCACACUGGUACCCAUUUCGCCGACGAUUAUUUCACUAUCCUCCAUGGUGUCCAGUAUGCAGCGCGGCCUAACGCCAGCAUUGCAGAAAAGUACCUCCCUGGCGACCAGCACCACAUGCCCUACGGUGUGAACAAGCAGUACUCUAUUCCUGCUGGCAGCUUUGCUCUAGAGCUCGCCCAAGGCUACAUUCCCUCAAUGCUUCCUUUCGGCAUGAUCGAGGUAUUGACGUCCACCUUGGAUGUCGCUUCGUUUGCUCAGACCUGUGUGCUCACCGCUAAGCACAUGUUUGGCAAUAUCCUCAAGGGCAAGAUCUAA